AUGUCCGCCAUCCAAGCGCGUAUCAAAGCGUUUGAGUCGCUCGGCACGGAAUCCACCAGCCAAACUGCAAGCCGUAAACCACCAGUCAGCUUAUAUGAAACAGAAGAGGAUAUACCGAACGUAUCUCAUGUCUCCGAUGGGACGCCAGCGCGGCAGAGUAGUCUAAAUGUCGACGAAAAGGCAGAUGAGGACGCACGGAGUCUUGCUGUUGGUUCCAUUACAAGUGACUUUGUUAAAGUAUCACCACCGAGGAGUAGACCGCCGCCCCUACCGCCGAGAAAGGGCAGCGAGAACAGCGCAUCCUCGAGCGGCAGCGGACAAGGCGGUAUUGAUGUAGGCUCGUUCAAGAGCGUGUCGUCGACAUCCUCAAUUCCGAAAGGACCACCGACCCCGCGUCCAAUUCCACUCAAAUCGAUUGGACGCAAUAGCCCAUCAAACGGUUCUUCAUCCUCACUAGCCGUUCAGGUUCGCGGACAUCAACAUGCAGUUUCGACAUCCUCUUUCCACUCGGUAUCCUUGUCAGAGCAGGAAUACCACGAAAAGGACGAGUCAGAAGUCGGGCUUGGCGGGUCGUAUGAAGCAGUUUCGCCCCACGCAAGUAGCGUGUUCACAAUGGUGGAUAGGAGUAGUAGUGUCAUGUCAUCGCCGGCAUUAAGUGCAGUGAGCCUUGGCCCACCGGCACUUCCUCCACGACCGUCGCCUUCUCCUAGCGCACUGGGUACAUCUACCCUUACCUUGGUCGAGCCACCACUGUCACAUCCUGCAAUACCAGUACCGUAUGCUGUCAGAAAAGUGCCCCCUCCUCCUCCCUCGGGCCUACAGUCCAAUCGAUCGCUUCGUGGGACUCACAGACCUCCACCUCUAGAAAACAUAUCCCGAAACUCUCCUCGCUCUUCCAUGACGUCCAUGACUGGGGCCAUAAACUCGCCCUUGGGAUCUUCUCAUUACAGUUCCGAAGAGAAACGAUCCUCAACGUCGACUAGUGCCUCUAAUUUCAACGCGAGGUCGAUGGCCAAGACGGCCCGAGCGCGAUAUGAGGCCGUGUUUGACGCCAAUAUUCGAGCUCAGCAAGAGUGGCUGAGAGCAGGAGGUCCUGGUGCGAAGCGUUUGUCCUCCACUCGACGUGCUGUUGGAUGGCGUGGAACAAGUGUCGAUCUCACAACAACUGAUGUUCAGACAAUUGGAGAAGUGAGCGGGGGGCAAGAGCAGCAACUGAGCGGAAGUGUCAUCAAACUUAUCUGGCGAUGCUCCAAGCUACCGAGGUCGACGCUCAAGGCGAUUUGGGAUGAGUGUGAUACGGCGAAGAAAGGGAGCCUCAAUAAACAGGCGUUUGUGGCCGGGAUGUGGAGAAUCGAUAAUGAGCUCCUAGCUGCCGCCUCUAUCCGCACGCCCUCUGCAACCCCGUUCCGCGGUCCUGCAAAGGCCCAGACGGCUGACUCUGCUCUCCGCCAAGGCCACGCACUACUCACUCGUCGGGCAGGGAAGUUGGCCGUGAUACAGUUUCAUCAUAUGUUACUCAUCGAGGGGCCGCAUCCGUCCCCUCCUCCUGCUUUCUCAGCUCCUCGACUCUCCCUAUUGGCUACUGCCCCUCGCCAAUUCAUCGGACGUGCGAUUGGACAUAGACGCUUUGGUCAUCACCUCCCGAAUACCACCUAUAAAACCCCAGUGGAUCUGUUCCCUCACUCCUCACUCAUCUCCAAGAGUAUCUUCAGCAUUCUAACAAUGUCAGCUACCAAAGUCUCAAUGCCAUAUGUCCGCCUGGGCAACUCUGGCCUCAAAGUAUCUCGGUUGAUUCUCGGAUGUAUGAGCUAUGGCUCGAAGUCGUGGCAGGAGUGGGUCCUCGAGGAGGAAGAGGGCAUCGAGCAAAUCAAAGAGGCAUACAAACUUGGAAUCAAUACCUUUGACACGGCCGAUGUGUAUUCACAAGGGGUAUCAGAGCGCAUUCUAGGCAAGGCUGUUAAAGCCAUUGGCGCUCCUCGCUCGUCCUUUGUUAUAAUGACCAAGGUCUUUGGCUCUGUCCCACCAGAGGGCGUCCCCAAAGAGGUUUGCGACUCUCCCGAGGAGUAUGGCUACGUCAACUACAAAGGUCUCUCCAGGAAGCACAUCUUCGAAUCGAUCAAAGCCAGUUUGGAACGCCUUCAGAUGGACUAUGUCGACGUGCUGCAAUGCCAUCGCUUUGACCCGGAGACACCAUACCAAGAGACGAUGCGUGCUCUUCAUGACGUCGUACAGGCUGGCUAUGCACGGUAUAUUGGCAUGAGCUCGUGUGCGGCUUGGCAGUUCCACGCAAUGCAGAACUACGCAAUUGCAAACAAUCUGACACCUUUCAUCUCCAUGCAAAAUUACCACUCGCUCAUUUAUCGCGAAGAGGAGAACGAGAUGUUGCCAACGUGUAGACUGUUUGGUGUCGGCACGAUCCCGUGGUCGCCGCUCGCCAAAGGCCUGCUCAGUCGGCCACUUCGUGACCAGCAUGCGACCUUCAGAAGCACCAAUGAUCCUUGGCUUGCAAUUAUCCAACCAGCUGGCGAUCCGAAUCUCCAGAUUGUGCAUCGCGUGGAAGAGAUUGCGAACAAGAAAGGCAUCUCUAUGACCCAGGUCGCAUUGGCAUGGCUGUUCACAAAGGAUCCGGUUGCAGCUCCUAUAGUUGGUACGACCAAGAUGGAGCAUCUAUUGGACAUGAUCAAGGCAGUAAAUGUCAAGCUCGAUGAAGAGGAUAUCAAAUAUCUGGAGGAAAUGUAUACUCCUAGGACCAAGCUGGGGUACUAA